AUGGUAAAGGCACAAGAGUGGUUAGAGGAAAAUUAUCCUGAUAAGGAAACAGAAAGCAUAUAUAUAAACCAACAAUUAGAAGGAAUUUUAGAUUGUAGUGGAUAUGAAAGAUUGGAAUAUAUAUUCAUUUCUACCUCAGUAGAUAGGAGUAAGUUAGAGAUAAAAGGAGGUUCUUAUGAAGGAAAAGAAACCAAAAUAAUCCCCUGUAUUCCUACCCAAGAAUAUAUAAAUAAAGAAUAUCCUAAAAAUGGAACUUGUAUAAGGGAGAAUGAGAACUUUGGUGAUAAAAACUUUGGUAAAACUAGGGAAGAAAUAACAAAGUUAGAUAUAAAAAAAAAAGCCUUGGAAGGAGAAUUAGACCUCUCUGAUUUUAAGAAUUUAGAGGAAUUAGAUUGUUCUGAUAAUUACCUUACUAAUCUAAAUCUGAGUAAUUUAGCAAAGUUAGAGACACUUUCUUGUUCUGAUAAUUACCUUACUCAGAUACCUUAUCUUCCUAAUCCCAAAAAAAUAACUGAUUUAAGAAUAGACAAUAACAAUAUAAAUCCCUCAGACCUUGCUAUUUUUAGUCAGAUGAGGAAUUUAGAAAGGUUAUGA